GUUACCCGGGCCUCCAGCAGCAGCCAGACCCAUUGUUUACCGCCACCAGCCCUCCUCCACACACUACGCUCCUCAUGGACAACACUUGCACUUAACACAGGUGGUCCGUGGCAUGUCCUUGGAGGAGGCCGCGGCAGCUUUGGACCGUCUCCUCUUGGGUCAGAGCCAUGGAGUUGUGCAGGGAGGAGGUGCCCCGAACACUCCCCCAUACGCUCCUCCUCCUCCUCCCCCUGCACAGAAGAAUCUCCUGCCAGCGCUCCUACCCGGUACAUACUCCCCACAGGGGCCGUUGUGCAGUACACCUGUAGAGAAAUCUGGAGACGUUGGCCUGUCUUCUGUCCUGCUGCCAUGGGAAACCAUCACCUGUCCUGCCUUGAAUGACGUGCACUUCCCCAUCUUUCCCCCUCCGCCCUUGGACCACUGGUGUCCCGUCCCGGAUUCUUCGCGCCCUUCUCGGUCUGACAGGAAGACUCCUAAGGACCAGGGGAAUCAAAGGAGCCGCAGCACCAGUAGCAGCAGUCGGAAAUUAGCGUCGGAGUGGACGACCAGGGCCGAAAACUUUGUGCCCCUCGACGCAGAGAAGUACAAGACGGAGUUGUGCCGGUCCUACCAGGUGCAUGGCUACUGCAAGUACGGCGUCAGGUGUAACUACGCCCACGGGCUGCAGCAGCUGCGGGGGGCGGCGCACCACGGCAAGUACAAGACCAGGAACUGUCAGUCCUACCACCAGACCGGCUUCUGCCGCUACGGCGCCCGCUGCUCCUUCAUCCACGACCCAGAGGAGGGGGUCCUCAAGUGCUCCAUAGCUAACAAGGAGGUGUUGGAGGCUCUGCACUACUGUCCUGCCAGCGAGGACACCAGCCGCACGGCCAACAUUACCUGGAGGCUGUUGGAGACCUCCUGUACCCCCGCUCCGGAGCUCCACUUAAUAACUUCCACCAGGCCCUUGGAGGACGACCUCAGCUUUGUCCCAUCACCCUCGCCCUUGAGUGACCUCUCAUGUCUGAACACGGAAAGUUUGGUGUACGAGCCAAGCUUGGUCGCCUACUCGCUGACUGCCAGAGCAGAGUCCUUGCCUCCAGCAGCACAAGGGACUGACGGAGACUUCACCAGGUCCUUGCCUGUCUAUGGACAUCCGGAACACAAGACUUCGUUUCAACCCUCUGAAAGUAUUCCAGGGAGUGUCGGCAAUGUCAAACCAAUUUUCGAUGCCUUCAUUAGGGAGAACUUGAGCAAUACUGUCGGCGUGACCAGUGGACUCGACCACCAGCUUACCAGACUCGACGUUCUCGGCAGGUCGAGUACAAAUGGAAUUUACUUUCCACAGAAUAGUAAUAGACAGAGUUUGUCGAAUAUUAAACGGAUAUCCGAUUUCAGUGGAGCAGAGCAAGUGGUCGACUCGGAAGACGUGAUGAGAGAGUGCCGGGAUCUACAGAAGCUGGAUGUGGUUCACGACAUACUGGAGGCAGCGCCAGCAUACUCUGCCACAGUAUGGAGUGACGGCAUAGACCGCGGCGUCAACAAAAGUCCAGCUUGGCAUAACAUGAGCCCACUCGAUCUUGACCUCUCGGAGUCACACUAUGGUAAUAUUCGGGAAGUAUCGGAGAAGACGAAGUGGUUAUACAGCGAUGACGGCGAUGAUUUCCCGUGGUUUAAUGAAGCUUCACUGCUGUCAAACAAAGACUUGGUGUUUUCUAGCACUCUUCGGAGUGACUCUGAUGCUGAGGAGGAAGAAGGGAAGAUGUCCAGCGGUGUUAGUGGACAGGAGGAGGAGGAGGAGGAGGAGGAAUGGUCGCUGAGUAGCAGUCUACAGUUGGGUGAGCUACUGCGGUCAUUAAGGCUACAGGAACAUCGCUACCGGCUGCUGCCCUGGUCAAGGCGGGCGUCAGACAGUUUCCUCUUGUCUCGGCCCUCACGGAGGUACAGAACAUCGUCUCCAUCUCCGGUCAGACGUCGCCCCCAUGACUUGACAAAGUACAAAACCGAGCUGUGUCGAUCAUUCCAGUACAACGGCUACUGUGGGUACGGAGACGCAUGUCUGUACGCCCACGGGUCGCUAGACCUCCGCUCGUACCCGAGGCACCCUAUGUACCGGACCAAACAGUGCUUCAGCUUCCAUAACAAAGGCUUCUGUCUGUACGGCAGCCGAUGCCAGUUCCUUCACGACCUGGAGUGACUACCGCACACCUCGCACUCUCCACUCACGUCUUCAACCUUGCUCCGUGGCCAUGUUGAAGCAUUAAAAUCCAUAAGUUUUAUAGAGAAAUGUGUUUUGUAUCGGCGAUAACUCUCUUCAACAAACGCGGUGACUCGCUGCAUUAGUGGAGGAGGAAGCCGGCUGUGUUGAAGCGUGAAAAUCCUCCAACAUUUUAUGGCAAAUAACACAAAACCUCGCAACGCUGCUCAUAAUGUUGCUGGCCCGGGACUUGUAUGUGCAUACAUGGAAACACAAGUUACUUUUAUGGUAAGGGACUAGUUCCUUUUGUUGCCAAGUGUAUUAUUUAUUUAGUUCUGUGAUAUUGAAUAUGAAACUUAAGACUAUUUAUAAAUUCUUAGUUUUCUCGACUGGUUUACAAAGUUUACAUACUGUAGAUAUUGAUGUAUUUAUAUGGUAUUUAAAUGUAAUUUCUAUAGCUAUUUAAUAAAUGCAUUAUAAACCAU